CCUAAAACCUCAGAAAUAGUUAAGCAGCUGAUUGCCGCGGGAAACACAGAAGAAUUGCUAAAAUGUUUUGGCUCACGAAUGGAAUUUGGGACUGCAGGACUGCGAGCACCUAUGGGGGCUGGAACGUCACAGAUGAACGACUUGACUAUUAUUCAGACCUCACAGGGAUUCUGCAGGUAUCUUGAGAAGAAUAUCAGUGACCUGAAGAAAAGAGGAGUGGUAAUUGGCUAUGAUGCUCGAGCCCAUCCUUCAACUGGUGGUAGCAGCAAAAGGUUUGCAAGACUUGCUGCAACAGCUUUCAUUACUCAAGGAGUUCCUGUCCACCUUUUCUCCAGCAUCACACCGACUCCCUUUGUGCCAUAUACAGUGACCCAUCUAAAACUUGCCGCUGGAAUUAUGGUUACUGCAUCUCAUAAUCCCAAACAAGAUAAUGGAUACAAGGUUUAUUGGGAAAAUGGCUCUCAGAUCAUUGCUCCUCAUGAUAAAGGAAUUGCUGAUGCCAUUAAUGGAAACCUGGAGCCAUGGCCUCAAGCUUGGGAGGACAACCUCAUUGAUAAAAGUCCUCUUCUCCAUGACCCUUAUGCAACUGUUUACCAGGACUACUUCAAAGAUAUACAGAGGCACUGUUUUCACAGGGAUAUAAACAAGGAGACAAAGUUGAAAUUUGUACACACUUCUGUGCAUGGUGUAGGCCAUGAGUUUGUGCAGGCAGCCUUUAAGGCAUUUGACUUUAGCCCUCCAUUUGCUGUGCCUGAGCAGAAGGACCCUGAUCCAGAGUUUCCAACAGUAAAAUACCCAAAUCCAGAGGAGGGGAAAGGUGUCCUGACCCUCUCUUUUGCUUUGGCUGAUAAACAAGGCGCUCGGGUUAUUUUAGCCAAUGAUCCCGACGCUGAUCGGCUUGCUGUGGCAGAGAAACAAGAAAGUGGAGAAUGGAAAGUCCUUUCUGGCAACGAAUUUGGAGCUCUUUUAGGUUGGUGGCUAUUCACAUGCUGGAAAAAACAAAAUCAGAACCCAAAUGCCAUUAAAGAUGUAUAUAUGUUAUCAAGCACCGUGUCCUCCAAAAUACUGAGAGCAAUUGCUCUUAAAGAAGGUUUUCAUUUUGAGGAAACAUUAACAGGAUUCAAGUGGAUGGGAAAUCGAGCCAAGCAACUCAUAGACCAAGGAAAAAAUGUCUUAUUUGCCUUUGAAGAAGCCAUUGGAUAUAUGUGCAGCCCUGUAGUAUUGGAUAAAGACGGGGUCAGCGCUGCGGCUAUAACUGCAGAGAUGUCUAGUUUUCUGGCGACCAAGAAUGUGACUUUGUCUCAACAACUGAAAAACAUUUACACCGAAUACGGUUAUCAUAUUACCAAAUCUUCAUAUUUUAUCUGUCACGAUCAGAAGAUUAUCACGGCUCUGUUUGAGAAGCUUAGAAAUUAUGAGGGGAAGAAUACGUAUCCCAAAACAUGUGGGAAAUUUCCAGUGUCUGGAGUCAGGGAUUUGACUACAGGCUAUGACAGUAACCAGGCCGAUAAAAAAGCUGUGCUCCCCACGAGUAAGAGCAGCCAAAUGAUAACGUUUACAUUUAAUAAUGGAUGUGUAGCUACGAUGAGAACCAGCGGGACGGAACCCAAAAUCAAAUACUACGCAGAACUUUGUGCACCUCCUGGAAACAGUGAUUUUGAAAAGCUGAAGAAAGAACUGGAUGAGCUGGCCAGCGCUCUUGAAAAAUAUUUCUUUGAGCCAGAGAAGAACAAGCUGCAACCCAAACCAGAGUAAUGCAUCUGUAUCUCUUUUCAUCUCUAUGCGGUGUAUUCGUAAAUAAAAUAUGUGAAGGAAGAAAAA